GGCCGCGGCCGCGCCUGCGCACGGGCGACGGGACGCGACGAUGGCGGCUGCAGCGGUGGCGGCCCCCGAGCCCCUGGGCGAGUGCGGCUGCAAAGGCAUCCGGACCUGCCUGGUCUGCGAGCGGCAGCGCGGGGAGGACGCAUCCUGGAGGCCCGGCCCGCUGAAGACUCACCGUUUCAGUUACUGCCCUGACACCGGCUGGGCCAUGGGGACUGAGGAUUCCGACUUCGAGGGCUGGGCCUUCCCUUUCCCGGGGGUAACACUACUCGAGGACUUCGUGACCCGCGAGGAGGAGGCUGAGCUGGUGCAGCUCAUGGACCGAGACCCCUGGAAGCUCUCUCAGUCGGGGCGGAGGAAGCAGGACUACGGACCCAAAGUCAACUUCCGGAAGCAGAGGCUGAAGCUGGGCGGCUUUUGCGGGCUGCCUCCAUCCAGUCGGGAGCUGGUGCGCAGGAUGGGCAUGUACCCAGGGCUGGAGGACUUCCAGCCGGUGGAGCAGUGCAACCUGGACUACCGGCCCGAGCGCGGUGCGGCCAUCGACCCCCACCUGGAUGACGCCUGGCUGUGGGGGGAGCGGCUAGUCAGCCUCAGCCUGCUGGCGCCCACCGCGCUGUCCUUGUCGAGAGAGAGCCCGGGCAGCCUGCUGCUCAGCCUGGCCCCGUCCGGCCUGCCCAUGGGCCUGGGCGCGGUGGCCACAUGCCGCUCGGUGUCCUGUCUCGAAGUGGAGGUGGCGGUGGCCCUGCCCCGCCGCUCUCUGCUCGUGCUCCGUGGGCCUGCGCGCCACCAGUGGCAGCACGCUAUCCACCGCGGGGACGUGCGUGCCCGGCGCGUGGGCACCACCUUCCGCGAGCUGGCAGCCGAGUUCAGGCCUGGUGGGAAGCAGCAGGACCUGGGCCGAGAGCUGCUGCAGGUGGCUCUGUCCUUCCAGGGAACCCCUGUGUGAGCCCCCUGGGAGCUGGCUGUGAUAGGGUACCCUCAGUCACGUGCCCUAAGCCCUCGCUGGAGUUGUACUCUGAGGGCAGUGGGCUAAUCUGAUUUUUUUUUUCUUUGUCAUCACCAAGGCCUUACUGCAGGCCCUACUUUUUGAGCUAAAGAGACAGAGACAGACAGGGGGAGACACACCACAGUGGCGAAGCUUCUUCGAGGUUGCUGGGGGCCUGAGUCGAACCCGGGUCGUGUGCAUGGCAGAGCAGAGCACCGCCUGGGUGAGCUAUCGCACCGGCCCGUGCGGUGCCCUGAUCUGAUUUGAACUUGACAUGGCUGGUGCUGCUUAGAAUCACGCAGGCUUCAUGUACCCUAGCCCAGGGUUGAGGUUCCCUGACAGGCCACCACCCCUAGGCAGCCCACUGGGUGCAGCUGCAUUGUGGAAGGUGGGAUAUGAUGGCUGUUCAGGCUCCACCUGCCUCAUGCUUGGUGCCCUGCGGACAGGGACACCUGAGAGCCCCCUCCCACACUAUUAAAAUAUAGGAAACUGGGGAGUCGGGUGGUAGCAUAGAGGAUUAAACGCACGUGGUGCAAAGCCCAAGGACCGGCGCAAGGAUCCCCGUUGGAGUCCCUGGCUCCCCACCUGCAGGGGAGUCACUUCACAGGUGAUGAAGCAGGUCUGCAGGUGUCUUGUCUUUCUCUCUCCCCCUCUCUGUCUUCCCCUCUCCAUUUCUCUGUCCUAUCCAACAACGACAUCAAUAAGAAUAACUACAACAAUAAAAUAAGGGCGACCAAAAGAGAAUAUUAAAAAAAAUGUAGGAAACUGACUCAAGUCUCAGAGUAGUGCCCGUGCUCCAUUUCAAAAGGAAAUCAUGUGGUCCGGGAGGUGGCACAGUGGUAAAGCUUUGGACUCUCAAGCAUGAGGUCCUGAGUUCGAUCCCCGGCAGCAGAUGAACCAGUGAUGUCUGGUUUUUUCUAUCUUAUAAAUAAAUUUAAAAUAUCUUU